GUAUAUAUAUACAUCAGCAGCAGCAUACAGUGCGUCAAGCUGCCCAUUCACAUGCACGCCGCCCGCCACUAGGCUCUCACCAGCAGCAGCAAGGCAUGCACACACACACAGAUCCUAUGCAUCGUCAGUCACGGCAAAGCAAACCCAUGAGUCGUUCAUUGCAGCCGCCUGAGCUCGAGUUGCAGGCUGGUGUUGCAGGGCCGUUUGCCCACCUCGACCCACUCCAGCCGAUACUCGGUGCUGGAGAGGCCGGACAGGAUGUGCUGGGAGGCGAACCUGUGCUUGAACUUGUACACAGCACGGGCGAUCUGAAGGCGAGGCGGCUCCGCUUGACCCCCUGCAUGAGCAACAGACACAGCCAAACAGGCAAUGGGCCGCAGGCAACGGCUUCUUGACUCUCGCUUCGUACCUUGAGCUUGCUGAAAGCAAGCAGCAGGGUCAGCACUUUGCCAUGGAGCUCGUCCAGCUGAGAAUCGCCAACCAACUCACCUGCACAACCCAGAAGCAGGCACACUAAGGAGCUAGUCCUUGACGUUUCGUCUCCUCACCCACCGACCCACCUACCUUCCAAACCGAGCUCCAUCAGCUCGAUCUCUGGCAGAGAAGUCCUCGUCUCGGCCUCAUCCCACUCUCUGUCCCAGUUGCUAAUGACGAGUCUCUCAGCCGUCAAGUUGAGCGCCACGCUGCGGAGCUUCUUCUCCGGUGCGGCAGCGUGCAAAGCCUUCAAAAAGGCCGAGCAAGAGCCGCCACACUCGACACGCUCCAGUCUGGGCAUGUUGACGGCCACCUCCACAGCCCUGUCGACCUGCUUGUGUCGGGGGAAGCGUAUGGGCAGAAUGAGGGUGGUGGCAUGGGGGAAUGUCGCGGGGGUCACGGGAUUGGCAUGGGAGGGGCGGGGCCGCUCAUUGAACACCACAUUGCGCACCCCUUUGGCGAAGUCGUUCACGAGCUUCUGGACCAUCGGGGAGCGGUGCCGGUGGCUCCAUGCGAGCAGCUGAAGGUCGAUCUGGCCGUCCUCGCGAUUGCCAGAUCGAAUGCACGGCAUGAUCGGCUGACUGCGGGCAUCAGGAUGCAUCGCGGCGUCACUGAAAGAGAGCGGGCAGGAAAGGGCAAAACCGAGAGAGGCCACGUGUCUGUAUUGUUGGCCCGGUUCGUCUCUUCUUGUAUGUUAUCCCUACAUGAGCUUUACUGCGUUUUCGAUCAGCUGCCGCAUCUCGGCGGUGUCCUCCAAAUACUCCCCUACGUCAAGCGUCAUCUCCCGAAGGCUCCUCACACACCCCCGCCGCACCAACAGCUGGCGAAACUCGUCCACUCCUGCCGCAUCCCACCUCGCGUCAAUACCUAUGUUAUCCUCUAUUCUCACACGGCCGACGGACCGCAGGCCCGCCAGGCCCUGCCCCUCCGGGAUCGCUGUCAGCAGCCGCUCGUUGUCUUCGGCGUGGCCGAACGUGUCAUACUCGAGCGUCUCCAGCCGACGGCAGUCGCCGAUCCGCUCCCGAGCCCCAUCAUACUCAUUCUCUUGGGCCCCAAGCCAGCCCUCGAAUGUGAGUGUGGUGACAUUGGGCGUCACCCACAACCGACCGGCCCUCCCCCACGCGUGUUGGGCCGGGAUGCGGGUGACGGUGGUGAGUGCCGGCAGGUGGACGGGGGCGGAGGGGGGAGGGAGCUGACGCUCGUCAUAGUCCACGUGCGAGUGUCCUGACAUGCCAUACUGGACCUCCUCGAAUCGGAUCUUUUCCAGGGUGGCGUGUGAAGGGGGGCCGGGAGAGGGGCGGGGUAGCGAGUGGCGAUGACGACGCACUGCUGGCCUGUUGCUGCUGGCCGCUCGGAUGCCCGUGUGCAUGGCCUUCGACUAAAGACACCCAUGUCGAUACACACCACUGUUCCUGGGUGGACCGAUAUGGGUGACGGACCGUCAGCUGCCUGAUGUUGCGGGCCCUCUGGCCCCACCGAUAGGCCACGUCGCACGGCAGGUUCUCCCACAUGCGCUGGGUCUUCUCGUCGGAGCAGUCGACGGUCAGCUGAGUGUACUGAUUGGCAGCAUCGAUCUCAAAGGUGGAGCCGAUGGCCGGCCGCAUGCGCGAGAACUCCCAGGGGUGGAAGUAGCUCAAGAUGCACACGUGGUUGUCGCGCGACAGACGGUGCACAGCCUAAAUGAGCAAAAAAGACACACAGAGGGACAGAGCUUGGCAACCUUCCCAUCCCGCUCUGCGUUGUGCAUGGAUCGCGUACCGGUCCAUCGUUUGGCUCGGGGUUGCCGCUUCUGUAUAUGAUGCGAUAUGGCCGAACACAAGACGUCGGCUGCCCAUCCUGAAACACCGACAUACAACAGAGAGGCCUUUGUAUUGGGUCGCCUUGCCUAUCUCCACGUGUGCCAUCCCACCGACCCACCUCUGUGUAUGCUGGGGCGGGAAACACGCCGCUGCCGUGCUGAUGCUGGUGGUAGUGGCAUGUGCCAUAUGCUCCUGAUGGCGCGCUGGUGGCGAGAGCUGCCGCCGCGGCGCGGUCGAGCGGGAUCUUCAGCAGCGAGAGCUGUGUGGUCAUGGCCGCGACGUGUGAGGCCAUCAAAGUCAUCUGCUCACCCACAUCGCGCGCCGCACGCAAUGACGCCUGCACACACACCACACACAAGGCACACGGACGUACCGACGCGUUACUCAAGCGCGCAUCUGCUGCUGUGGGGUUCACGUCCGAUGUGAUGUGCGAUGACUCCAGCUGCUGGAAGCACGACGGCGCGCUGCCAAUCUGAAAACACCCAUUGGCAGCAUGGCCGGGGAAGAAUCAUUUCUCCGUUGGUCAGGCGGUAGAUCACCUCUGCUAAUAUGCCGUUCAGCUGACUAAUGCUGCUGUCCAGUGAACGGGCAUCGUCCCUCAGCUGAACGACACACACACAGACAGACAGGACACAACAAAUAAGUGCGGCCGUGUCAUGAGAGCCCACCUGUGUUAUGACAGUCGCGGCGUCAUCGAGGCGGCCAGACUGAAAGAGGCCCGAGCCCACCUGCAGACAACCAAACCAUCCACAUGGAAUGAGUACUAGGUCAUCAUUCCUUUCUGUGUGUCCGGCCUACAUUGCCCCGAAGCUGCUCGAGGGCUCUCCGCACCUGCAGCAUGCAGCGCACCAGAGCAAGACCAUGAAAGCAGGAGAGCACCCCUUCAAAUUUGGUGAUGCAGGCCGGCUGUCGGGUGAAAGCUUCUCGCUUGUGUGUGGGGUCUCUCUGCUGGAUGGCAUGCAUGUCAUCCGUGGUGCAUCUGCUCAUGAGCGGCCCAUCGCCUCACCUGUUCAAGAUCCAUUCUGCUGUGGUCCAGAAAGGCCAAUGGGAGGGAGGAUGCCACGCCGCUCAUAAACUAACAACCAGCCGCUCUCGCGCCGGUGAG